AACCAACGGACAGCUAGGAUGUCGCUUCUCUUGAGCCCCGCGGAGCCCGCCCACCUCAACGACGACGAGACGGAGGAUCCGUUCCUUCCUGGAAAUGAAAACGAUGAUUAUAACUUUAAGUACGUGCCUACAAAUCGUUUCAAGUACAUAAUAAAGGAUGUACGCAGACAGAGAUGUCGAGAGGAAGAGGAGAGCGUGUGGGCAUCUUUCGUCAGACAACAGGAGCUGAAUGGUUAUGACAAAAAUGGCAUUCAGCCGUCUGUUCAGAGUAUCAAACAGCUGUUGGAUGAGGGUAUGAGGGAGGCGGAUAAAGAACUGAAAAAAUUAGAAACAGAUAUUUUGCCUGAUGAGAUAAGGAAAGAGUGUGGCAAAACUGGAAAUCAGAAGAGAAAGCCAAAGGUAAAUAAUGUCAGGGAUUCGGCUUCGAAGAAAGUACCGAUUACGAAAGACACAGGGAGCACCAAUUUGCUGCUCACGAUUCCCGAGGAAGAUAACGCUCCAGCUUACGAGAGGAGGCACGAGCCCGAGGAUUUCAAGUCGUACGCGAGAAAGUCUCGCUCCGGUCAUGCGAUACCGCGAAAAAAGCAAUCCUCGAGGCAGCUGCAUCGCGCGACUAACGGCGCCGAGUAUAAUUCCAGUCCUGAGAGCAGCACGCACCGCGACGGCAUCGCGGACGGGGUCAUUUACAUACGGCCGGAUCCGUUUACCAUGCACAAAAUCUUCACGAUGCAGAGGAAGGUUUGCGAUCUGCUGGACGAGAUCGUGUUAAGAUUAGGAAACAUCGCGGCGCCGGACGGGAUUAAGGAGCUGCAGAGGCGGCAGCAGUGCGUUGCCGAAUUCACUGUGCGAUUCUCGAGGAACUACCUGUACGAUCUUAAUAGAUAUGUCAGGGAUAUUCGAAGGCAUAUGUGCGUCAUUUCGCCGCGAGCGAUAAUAAGGCCGAAUCACAGAAACCUGGGACUUCACAUGCACGCCAUCGAGCACAAACUCCUUGCUGCUCAUCAGUUGUUGCUGCACGCAUUGGUCGCCUAUUGCAAGCACGUUCCAAGCUCUGUUCCCAAGGGACACCCUGGGAAACUCAGAGAGAUACUGCAAGUGGUUCUCGAUCUGAAGACUAUGUGCGACAGGCUCCACUUAAACUAUUUUGAUUCGGGAGACACUGAUGUUUUGUCGUUGGGGAAGGAGAUUGAAAGCAAAUGCAAUGCUGUUUUAUCAAAAUUGAAACUCCAUGCAGAUAACGAUUUCCUUGAUACUAAUAAAACUCCAUCCAUGGCGUCCUUCACUCCACAUUUAACAAAUAAAAAGCGACCAAAUCGCAAACAGUUAUCUAAUCGGUUGAGUAUGUACAGCAUGGAUACCAAGGUCAAAAAUAUUUCUAAACCCAAGACAAAUUAUAAUCAAAAAGAUAAAAAGUAUAAUGCAAUAGACGUUAAAAGAAUCUGUAGUGAGCCAAUAUCGGAUCAGCCAUAUCCUAGUCCUGUAACACCUAAAGAUACAAAUCAGAUUGGCGCUAGAAAACAGAGAACGUUUGCAAAAGAGGAAGAUAUAAAGACUAUGAUGGAUAUAUUACCUUUAGAUUCAGAUGGCAGCAACUUUGAAACGGAGGAAAGGCAUAAAAAUGCGAUGCUCACGAGGAGAAUAUGUAAAGCGCCGAGAAAAUGUUCUGGCAAGUCGCAGAAUCAAAAGCAGUCAGAAACUAUAGAAAAUAUUGUUAAGAACACGUCCACAAAUAACGAUGACGAAUUGACGAGAAAAGAGACGAUGAUUACAGAGGAUCAUUUAUCUAAUUUGGUGCCAGUUAUAGCAGAUCUAAUGUCUUUCGUUUCUAAUAAGCAAAACGAAUCAGAGGCAAGGCCAGCUUAUUCUGAAAGUAUGACGAAAACACUAAUGAAAUUCCUAGAAAAAUAUCAAUUGCCUAAAAGCAAAAAUGCGAAAAUCAACGCGAGUACAAGCUGCGACGUAUGUUAUUCAGGCAGCAGUGAAUGUGAAUGUCUUAAAACAAAUAGAACUUUGACCGAAAUGCGGAAAAACGGUGAGAACAUGCAACUGAUUUGCGUGUCAUCGGUAGAAAAUGCAUCAAAAGUACCUCGCUAUUGUGACGCGUCGUGCCAAGCGGAUUGCGAGAGCUUAGUGGAACUGCCGGAUUUUGAGGCAAAGGUAAAAGAAGGAAAACUUAUGAUCGACUCGAUGAAUAAUAUCGAACUUGUGGUUUGCGAGGAAACUGAGAUGAGUUUUUUGAAAUAUAGGCGUGAAUAUCAGCGAUUGAUGCAAUCGAUUCCAAUGUAUUCUAGCAAUACGCAAAAUAAACCAUGGGACAUUGUCGCUUGGAUAUCUGAUAAGCUCGUAGACGAAUUGAUAACAGAAAUCUCAAAGGAACUGCAAAUAGAUGAUGUCAUACAGAAGCUUUUCGAGUUAGAAUUCCAAGAAUUCUAGCGUUAAUUGAUGAUGCUCCUUUGUUAAACCUGAGAAUCGCACAAAAAGAAAUCGUAUAAGAAACUUUACGUAAAUUUGAGAGAUUUUAUACCGUAAAUUGCUAAUUUUGGAAAUAUAAUAUUGUGAUUUUUUGAAA